AUGGUAACCAUACAAGAAUUACUAGAAAAAUAUCGUCAACACGGACAGGAUACGGGGUCCACAGAAUACCAAUUAAUUUUGUUACGGGAACAGAUUGCCAAGGAAAAAAAGCAUUUAGUCCAAAAUAAAAAAGACGUUCCGGCCAAACGAGCCUUACUAAAAAAAAUCGCCCGGCAAAAAAAAUAUUUUUCUUAUCUAAAAAAACCGUGGGCAGAUUAUGGUAGUUUGAUAGCGGCCGCUAUUGGCCUUUGUUUGAUUGGAGUCUCAGCGGCAGAGCAUCCGGCUGUUAACCGGCAGGUCGUAGGUUUAUUUCCAGGCUCCCAAAUAUACAAAAAUAUCACUGUCUUUAUGAAAAAAGAGGAAAUUAAAUUAUUUCAGAUGGAAUACGGCGAGGUGCCACUUCUUAUUCUCCAAAGAGCAGCCCGCAACGGAAAACUAUUUCACCAAACCAUCCAAGAUUUUUUUCAAACUGGACAAUACCCGCCUUUGGUGGAUUUAACUCUGAUAACCACUUUAAGCAAGUUAGAACGAAAAAUCCACGAAACUAUUAAUUUUCUCAAAAAGGAACCGCUUAAUUCUUUUUGUGGCAGCGAAAAAUUAUAUUACGCUUUCCAUAAAGGUGAAUUAUUAGCCACUUAUGUUGAUUUAGAAUUCCAAGAUUGUAUUAUUGAAUUGAAAACUAGCAAUAUUAGAGCCAAUGAGAGUCCGGUGGCCCGCUUAAUUUUCGAAAUCCAAUUACUUAUUCAAUAUUUAUGCACCGGAAAAAACAUUUGUUUGUUGUGGAGCACGGGGCAAGGAGUAAUUUUUAAUCAAUUUCAAGCCUCAGCCCGACUACUUAAAAUCCUGGAUAUUUUAAUUGACCUGGCUCGUAAUGGCAAAAACUCAGUGUUUCCCCAAGAAAUCAAAGAAGAGGUAAAAGAAUUUUUGGAGGGACGAAAAAAAUGUGGGCUAGGAAUACCUGGAUUGGAACAAGAACAUCUUUUACUCUAUGGUCCGCCCGGCUCGGGAAAAAGUUACUUGGCUCAAGAGAUUGGUAAGAAUGAAGCGUCCUCUUACGUUUUUGUUAAUCUAAUGAUGGAGUUUGUUCACGGCUCGGGUAAAGCUAAGCAAGACCAACUUUUCCGGGAAGCGAAGAGGAAAUUAGCCCGAGGCGAGGAAGGAAAGCCGGUAGUAAUUAUCAUCGACGAAAUUGAAUCGGUGGGAACCAAAACUUUUUCUUCGGAACAAACAAAUGUGGAAGCAGUUAAUUAUGAGGCUUUGGUGCGACCCGGAAGAUUAGGUUUUAAGAUUAAAGUUGAUUAUCCCAAAGAAAAAGGCGAAUUUGACCGGAUAAUAGAUUACUGGCAGAAAGAGUUUGAUCAAAUUACUUGGCAAGAAAAAGAACAGUGCCCGGAAAAAAGUGGGAUUUCUUUAAACGAUAUCGGAAAGGCGAUUAUUUAUUCACUCUCUUCCAAUGAAAAAAUACUUAAUGGCAACAUCGAAAAAUACCACAAAAGACUAAUUAAGAUUAGAGAAGAUAAACAAACAUACCAAAAAAACUCAGAGGUUGUUUCAGAAAAAACUUUCAGCCAAGUUUCGACUUACAAACAUCUGGCCGUGGCGGCGUAUGGCGGCCCUCAUUAUUCCCGAGUGGUGGGUAAAAUUUUAAGUCAGUGUGAUUGUGCGACAAAAACCGACUUUCGUGAUUUUUCUUGUGAAACUAUUCAUUGUUAUCGUGUUAUUAAUUCCAAUUUUUCACUAGGAGGAUUUGCUACGGGCAGAGGAGAAGGAAGUUGA